CAGAGAGUGGGCUGCUGGGUGGGAGCCGUGUCGGUCCUGGGCCUGUGGAGGGAAGUGAGACCCAGCAGCCCCUGCCCACCGUUUGCACCCCCCACGUGGGAGCUGCUCCCAGCCUCCCCGUAGAGACAGGGCCCUCCCGCCCCCCACCCCCGCCGCUGCCAUGGAUCACUCAUUCAGCGGGGCCCCCCGAUUCCUGACCCGGCCCAAGGCCUUUGUGGUGUCGGUGGGCAAGGACGCCACACUGAGCUGCCAGAUCGUGGGCAACCCGACGCCGCAAGUGAGCUGGGAGAAGGACCAGCUGCCGGUGGAGGAGGGUGCGCGCUUCCGCCUGGCCCAGGACGGCGACCUGUACCGGCUCACCAUCCUGGACCUGGCGCUGGGCGACAGCGGUCAGUACGUGUGCCGCGCGCGCAACGCCAUCGGCGAGGCCUUCGCAGCUGUCGGGCUGCAGGUGGACGCUGAGGCCGCUUGCGCCGAGCAGGCGCCCCACUUCCUGCUGCGGCCCACGUCCAUCCGCGUGCGCGAGGGCGCCGAGGCCACCUUCCGCUGCCGCGUGCGCGGCUCGCCGCCCAUGGCCGUGAGCUGGGCCAAGGACGGCCGGCGCCUGGGCGCGCCGGACGAGCCCCGCGUGCGCGUGGAGGCCCUCGGUGAGGCGAGCGCGCUGCGCAUCCGGGACGCGCGGCCCCGCGACGGCGGCACCUACACAGUGCGCGCCGAGAACCCGCUGGGCGCCGCCAGCGCGGACGCGGCGCUCACGGUGGACGCGGACGCGGACGCCGCCAGCCCGCCCGGGGCCUCCACGGCCGCGCUCCUGGCGCACCUGCAGCGGCGGCGCGAGGCCAUGCGCGCCGAGGGCGCCCCAGCCUCGCCUCCCGGUUCCGGCACGCGCACCUGUACGGUGACCGAGGGCAAGCACGCGCGUCUUAGCUGCUACGUGACCGGUGAGCCCAAGCCCGAGACGGUCUGGAAGAAGGAUGGGCAGCUGGUGGUGGAGGGCCGGCGACACGUGGUGUACGAGGACGCCCAGGAGAACUUCGUGCUCAAGAUCCUCUUCUGCAAGCAGUCGGACCGGGGCCUCUACACCUGCACGGCGUCCAACCUGGUGGGCCAGACCUACAGCUCCGUGCUGGUGGUCGUGCGAGAGCCCACCAUGCCCUUCAAGAAGCGACUGCAGGACCUGCAGGUGCAGGAGAAGGAGUCGGCUACGUUCCAGUGCGAGGUGCCGCUGCCGUCCACGGAGGCCGCGUGGUACAAGGAGGAGACGCGGCUGUGGGCUAGCGCCAAGUACGGCAUCGAGGAGGCGGGCACCGAGCGCCGGCUGACCGUGCGCAACGUGUCGGCGGACGACGACGCCGUCUACAUCUGCGAGACUGCGGAGGGCAGCCGCACAGUGGCGGAGCUGGCGGUGCAAGGCAACCUAGUCCGGAGGCUCCCCAGGAAGACGGCGGUGCGCGUGGGGGACACGGCCAUGUUCUGCGUGGAGCUGGCCAGGCCCGAGGACCCCGUCCACUGGCUGAGGAACCAGGAGGAGGUGGUGGCUGGGGGCCGAGUGGCCAUCACCACGGAUGGCAGGUGCCACACGCUAACCAUCUCCAAGUGCACCCUGGAGGACGUGGGCGAGGUGACCUUCACUGCCGGGGACUGCCGGACAUCCACUCAGUUCUUUGUGUCUGCCCCUAGGAAGCUGCCCCUGCAAGCCCCUGAGGCCCCCGUGGUAAAGGCCAGGACGGAGUGCUCUGUGACCCUUGGCUGGUCCCCACCACCCCACGGAGACCGCCCUGUCCCUAUCGACGGCUAUGUGGUGGAAAAGAAGCGGCUUGGCGCCUACACCUGGAGCCGGUGCCACGAGGCUGAGUGGGUGGCCACACAGGAGCUGACCAUAGCCAACAUGUCCGAGGAGGGGAACUUCCAGUUCCGGGUGUCAGCUGUGAACAGCUUUGGCCACAGCCCCUACCUCGAGUUCCCGGGGACUGUCCACCUGGCCCCCCAGCUGGCCGUGAAGACACCUCUGAAGGCAGUGGCAGCAGUGGAGGGUAGCGAGGUGACCUUCUCCGUGGACCUCACCUUGGCCUCGGCGGGCGAGUGGUUCCUGGACGGGCAGGCCCUGAAGGCCAGCAGUAUGUAUGUGAUCCGCCAGGAUGGCACUCGCCACACCCUCACCAUCCGUGCCGUGUCCGCCAGCCUGCAGGGCGCUGAGCUCAAGUUCAUGGCCAAUGGCAUUGAGAGCAGCAUCCGCAUGGAGGUCCGAGAGGCCCCAGGACUGACUGCCAGGCCUCCGGUGGCCACUGUGAGGGAGGUGCUGGCCCAGCUGCAUGAAGAGGCACAGCUCCUGGCUGAGCUGUCGGACCAGGCAGCGGCGGUGACAUGGCUGAAGGAUGGCCACGUGUUGCCACCAGGCCCCAAGUACGAGGUGCAGGCGUCAGCCGGGCAGCGGACCCUGCUGGUGCGGGAUGUGGUGCGAGAUGACGCUGGCCUGUACGAGUGCAUCAGCAAUGGGGGUCGCAUCGCCUACCAGCUCUCCGUGCAAGGGCUUACUCCCUUCCUGCGCAAGGACACAGCUGGCGGCUGCGUGGAGGCCGUGGCUGGAGGCCUGGCCCACUUCGAAUGUGAGACCUCCGAGGCCCACGUGCGUGUGCGCUGGUACAAGGAUGGCAUGGAGCUGAGCCGCUCCAGCCAGCGCUUCUCACAGGAGGAUGUGGGCACGCGACACCGGCUGGUGGCGGCCUCGGUCAGCAGGCAGGACGAGGGGACCUACUCGUGCCGCGUGGGCGAGGACUCCGUGGACUUCCAGCUGCUUGUCUCUGAGCCUACACCGGUGUUUGCGAAGGAGCAGCCAGCACGCAGUGAGGUGCAGGCCAAGGCGGGCGGCAGCGCCACGCUGAGCUGCGAGGUGGCCCAGGCCGGGACGGAGGUGACGUGGUACAAGGACGGGAAGAAGCUGAGUGCGAGCUCCAGGGUGCACGUGGAGGCCCAGGGCUGCAGCAGGAGGCUGGUGGUGCAGCAGGCGGGGCGGGCCGACGCUGGGGAGUACAGCUGCGAGGCCGGGGGCCAGAAGGUGUCCUUCCACCUGCACGUUGCAGAGCCCUCUGCGGUGUUUGCCAAGGAGCAGCCAGCACGCAGUGAGGUGCAGGCCAAGGCGGGCGGCAGCGCCACGCUGAGCUGCGAGGUGGCCCAGGCCGGGACGGAGGUGACGUGGUACAAGGACGGGAAGAAGCUGAGUGCGAGCUCCAGGGUGCACGUGGAGGCCCAGGGCUGCAGCAGGAGGCUGGUGGUGCAGCAGGCGGGGCGGGCCGAUGCCGGGGAGUACAGCUGCGAGGCCGGGGGCCAGAAGGUGUCCUUCCGCCUGGAUGUCACAGAGCCCUCUGUGGAGUUUGCGAAGGAGCAGCCAGCACGCAGUGAGGUGCAGGCCAAGGCGGGCGGCAGCGCCACGCUGAGCUGCGAGGUGGCCCAGGCCGGGACGGAGGUGACGUGGUACAAGGACGGGAAGAAGCUGAGUGCGAGCUCCAGGGUGCACGUGGAGGCCCAGGGCUGCAGCAGGAGGCUGGUGGUGCAGCAGGCGGGGCGGGCCGACGCCGGGGAGUACAGCUGCGAGGCCGGGGGCCAGAAGGUGUCCUUCCGCCUGGACGUCGCAGAGCCUACACCGGUGUUUGCGAAGGAGCAGCCAGCACGCAGUGAGGUGCAGGCCAAGGCGGGCGGCAGCGCCACGCUGAGCUGCGAGGUGGCCCAGGCCGGGACGGAGGUGACGUGGUACAAGGACGGGAAGAAGCUGAGUGCGAGCUCCAGGGUGCACGUGGAGGCCCAGGGCUGCAGCAGGAGGCUGGUGGUGCAGCAGGCGGGGCGGGCCGACGCCGGGGAGUACAGCUGCGAGGCCGGGGGCCAGAAGGUGUCCUUCCGCCUGGACGUCGCAGAGCCUACACCGGUGUUUGCCAAGGAGCAGCCAGCACGCAGUGAGGUGCAGGCCAAGGCGGGCGGCAGCGCCACGCUGAGCUGCGAGGUGGCCCAGGCCGGGACGGAGGUGACGUGGUACAAGGACGGGAAGAAGCUGAGUGCGAGCUCCAGGGUGCACGUGGAGGCCCAGGGCUGCAGCAGGAGGCUGGUGGUGCAGCAGGCGGGGCGGGCCGACGCCGGGGAGUACAGCUGCGAGGCCGGGGGCCAGAAGGUGUCCUUCCGCCUGGACGUCGCAGAGCCUACACCGGUGUUUGCCAAGGAGCAGCCAGCACGCAGUGAGGUGCAGGCCAAGGCGGGCGGCAGCGCCACGCUGAGCUGCGAGGUGGCCCAGGCCGGGACGGAGGUGACGUGGUACAAGGACGGGAAGAAGCUGAGUGCGAGCUCCAGGGUGCACGUGGAGGCCCAGGGCUGCAGCAGGAGGCUGGUGGUGCAGCAGGCGGGGCGGGCCGACGCCGGGGAGUACAGCUGCGAGGCCGGGGGCCAGAAGGUGUCCUUCCGCCUGGACGUCGCAGAGCCUACACCGGUGUUUGCCAAGGAGCAGCCAGCACGCAGUGAGGUGCAGGCCAAGGCGGGCGGCAGCGCCACGCUGAGCUGCGAGGUGGCCCAGGCCGGGACGGAGGUGACGUGGUACAAGGACGGGAAGAAGCUGAGUGCGAGCUCCAGGGUGCACGUGGAGGCCCAGGGCUGCAGCAGGAGGCUGGUGGUGCAGCAGGCGGGGCGGGCCGACGCCGGGGAGUACAGCUGCGAGGCCGGGGGCCAGAAGGUGUCCUUCCGCCUGGACGUCGCAGAGCCUACACCGGUGUUUGCCAAGGAGCAGCCAGCACGCAGUGAGGUGCAGGCCAAGGCGGGCGGCAGCGCCACGCUGAGCUGCGAGGUGGCCCAGGCCGGGACGGAGGUGACGUGGUACAAGGACGGGAAGAAGCUGAGUGCGAGCUCCAGGGUGCACGUGGAGGCCCAGGGCUGCAGCAGGAGGCUGGUGGUGCAGCAGGCGGGGCGGGCCGACGCCGGGGAGUACAGCUGCGAGGCCGGGGGCCAGAAGGUGUCCUUCCGCCUGGACGUCGCAGAGCCUACACCGGUGUUUGCCAAGGAGCAGCCAGCACGCAGUGAGGUGCAGGCCAAGGCGGGCGGCAGCGCCACGCUGAGCUGCGAGGUGGCCCAGGCCGGGACGGAGGUGACGUGGUACAAGGACGGGAAGAAGCUGAGUGCGAGCUCCAGGGUGCACGUGGAGGCCCAGGGCUGCAGCAGGAGGCUGGUGGUGCAGCAGGCGGGGCGGGCCGACGCCGGGGAGUACAGCUGCGAGGCCGGGGGCCAGAAGGUGUCCUUCCGCCUGGACGUCGCAGAGCCUACACCGGUGUUUGCCAAGGAGCAGCCAGCACGCAGUGAGGUGCAGGCCAAGGCGGGCGGCAGCGCCACGCUGAGCUGCGAGGUGGCCCAGGCCGGGACGGAGGUGACGUGGUACAAGGACGGGAAGAAGCUGAGUGCGAGCUCCAGGGUGCACGUGGAGGCCCAGGGCUGCAGCAGGAGGCUGGUGGUGCAGCAGGCGGGGCGGGCCGACGCCGGGGAGUACAGCUGCGAGGCCGGGGGCCAGAAGGUGUUUUUCAGUCUCGAGUUUGCAGAGCCGGAGCCUGAGCCCCCUACCCUGCAGAAACCUGGCCGCAGGGAGCCUCUGGUGGUCAGGGAGCAUGAGGACAUAUUCCUGACUGCCACGCUGGCGACACCCUCUGUGGCUGCGGUGACCUGGCUCAAGGACGGCGUGGAGAUCCGCAGAAGCAAGCGGCAUGAAAUGGCCAGCCUGGGGGUGACCCACACCCUGAAGAUCCGCGGAGCGCAAACCCUGGACAGCGCGGUCUACAGCUGCCGCGUGGGCACAGAGGGGCAGGAUUUCCCCGUGCAGGUGGAAGAGGUGGCAGCCAAGUUCUGCCAGCACCUGGAGCCCGCCAGCGGGGAGCUGGGCGGCACGGUGACGCUGGCCUGCGAGCUGAGCCCGCCACAGGCUGAGGUCGUGUGGCGCCACGGGAGCGCGCAGCUCCGGGCUGGCAAGCGCUUCCGCAUGGAAGCCGCGGGGCCCCGGCGCACGCUCACCGUGUCGGGCCUGCGGCUGGAGGAUGCAGGGGAGUACGCCUGCGAAACCCGCGACGACCGCACCAGCGCGCAGCUCACGGUCAGCGCUCCCCGCAUGGUCAAGUUCACGUCGGGGUUGAGCGCCGUGGUGGCCGAGGAGGGCAGUGAGGCCACCUUCCAGUGCGUCGUGUCCCCCAGCGACGCAGCGGUCUCGUGGUUCCGGGACGGCGCCCUGCUGCAGCCCAGCGAGAAGUUUCUAAUCUCGCAGAGCGGUGCCAGCCACAGCCUGACGGUGUGCAGCCUGACCCUGGAGGACUCUGGCCAGAUCACGGUGGAGGCUGAGGGUGUCUUGUCCUCUGCUGCUCUCCGCGUGCGAGAGGCCCCAGUGCUGUUCAGAAAGAAGCUAGAGCCACAGACAGUGGAAGAGCGGAGCUUGGUGACCAUGGAAGUGGAGCUGACUCGGCCGUGGCCUGAGGUUAAGUGGACGCGGAAUGCUACCGCCCUGGCGCCAGGCAAGAAUGUGGAGAUUCACGCGGAGAGCACCAGUCACCGCUUGAUUCUUCGCUGUGUGGGUUUUGCUGACCGUGGCUUCUAUGGGUGUGAGACUCCGGACGACAAGACCCAGGCCAAGCUCACCGUUGAAAUGCGCCAGGUCCGGCUGGUGCGGGGCCUGCAGGCAGUGGAGGCAUCGGAGCAGGGCACGGUCAGCAUGGAGGUGGAGCUGUCCCAUGACGAUGUGGAGGGCAGCUGGACGCAUGACGGCCUGCGGCUACAGCCAGGGCCCACAUGCCAGCUGGCGGUGCACGGCCCCAUCCACACCCUGACGCUAUUCGGGCUGCGGCCACAGGACAGUGGCCUCAUUGCUUUCAAAGCUGAGGGGGUGCACACGUCUGCACGGCUCGUAGUCACUGAGCUGCCUGUGAGGUUCAGCCGCCCCCUGCAGGACAUAGUGGCCACAGAGAAGGACAAGGUGACCCUGGAGUGUGAGCUGUCACGCCCCAACGUGGAUGUACGCUGGCUGAAGGACGGCGUGGAGCUGCGGGUGGGCAAGACAGUGGGCAUGGUGGCCCAAGGUGCAUGUCGGAGUCUCAUCAUUUACCGGUGUGAGCUCGGGGACCAGGGCGUGUACGUGUGUGACGCCCACGACACGCAGAGCUCAGCCUCCCUGAAGGUGCAAGGUCGCAAGGUCCAGAUCGUGAGGCCUCUGGAGGAUGUGGAGGUGAUGGAGAAGGAGGGCGCCACCUUCUCCUGUGAGGUCUCUCUCGAUGAGGUGCCAGCAGAGUGGUUCUGGGAGGGCAGCAAGCUCCGGCCCAGUGACAACGUGCGCAUCCGCCAGGAAGGAAGGACACACACGCUUAUCUACCGGAGGGUCCUGGUAGAAGAUGCAGGGGAGAUCAAAUUUGUGGUUGAAACUGCAGAAUCUCGAGCGCAGCUGCGAGUGAAAGAGCUGCCAGUGACCAUCUUGCGCCCGCUGCGGGACAAGAUAGCCAUGGAGAAGCACCGCGGAGUGCUGGAGUGCCAGAUGUCUCGGGCCAGCGCCCAGGUGCAGUGGUUCAAGGGCAGCGUGGAAUUGCAUUCUGGGCCCAAGUACGAGAUGGUCAGUGACGGCCUCUACCGGAAGCUAGUCAUCAAGGAUGUGCAGCCCGAGGACGAAGACACCUACACCUGCGAUGCUGGGGACGUGAAGACAAGCGCCCAGUUCUUCGUGGAAGAGCAAUCCAUCACCAUCGUGCGCGGCCUGCAGGACAUGACAGUGAUGGAACCUGCCCCUGCCUGGUUUGAGUGUGAGACUUCCAUCCCAUCGGUGCGGCCACCCAAGUGGCUCCUGGGAAAGACAGUGCUGCAGGCCGGGGCCAAUGUGGGCAUGGAGCAGGAGGGCACCGUGCACCGGCUGACACUGCGGCGCACCUGCUCCACCAUGACCGGCCCAGUGCACUUCACCAUUGGCAAGUCGCGCUCCACUGCGCGCCUGGUGGUCUCAGACAUCCCCAUGGUGCUCACACGGCCGCUGGAGCCCAAGGCAGGGCGCGAGCUGCAGUCAGUGGUCCUGUCCUGUGACUUCAAGCCGCCCCCCAAGGCUGUGCAGUGGUACAAGGAGGACACGCCCCUGGCACCCUCGGAGAAGUUCAAGAUGAUGCUGGAGGGCCACAUGGCUGAGCUGCGCAUUCUCCGCCUCACGCCUGCUGAUGCAGGCAUCUACCGGUGCCAGGCUGGCAGCGCCCAGAGCAGUGCCCAGGUCACGGUGGAAGCCCGCGAGGUGACCGUGACGCAGCCACUGCAGGACGCACAAGUCACGGAGGAGGGCCGGGCCUGUUUCUCAUGCGAGCUGUCCCAUGAGGACGAGGAGGUGGAGUGGUCGCUCAACGGCGCGCCUCUGUACAACGACAGCUUCCACGAGAUCACCCACGAGGGCCGUUGCCACACGCUGGUGCUGAAGCGGGUCCGGCGGGUGGACACAGGCACCGUGCGCGUCUCCUCCCCCAAAGUGUCGGCUACCGCCCGCCUGGAGGUCAAGGCAAAGCCGGUAGUGUUCCUGAAGGCCUUGGACGAUGUAUCCGCGGAGGAACGGGGCACGCUGGCCCUGCAGUGCGAGGUCUCAGACCCCCAGGCCUGCGUGGUGUGGCGAAAGGACGACGUGGAGCUGGGCCCCAGCGACAAGUAUGACUUCCUGCACACAGCGGGGACGCGUGGGCUCGUGGUGCACGACUUGAGCCGGGACGACACCGGCCUCUACACUUGCAGCGUGGGCUUGGAGGAGACCCGCGCCCAAGUCAUUGUGCACGACCUGCACGUAGGCAUCACCAAGAGACUCAAGACAGUGGAGGUGCUGGAGGGCCAGAGCUGCAGCUUUGAGUGUGUCCUGUCCCACGAGAGCACCGGCGAUGCAGCCACAUGGACCGUGGGCGGCAAGAUGGUGGGAGAUUCUGGCCGCUUCCGGGCCACACGCCAGGGCCGCAAGUACACCUUGGCUGUCCGAGAUGCUGCUGCUAGUGACGCUGGGGAGGUGGUGUUCUCCAUGCGGGACCUCACCUCCAAGGCCUCCCUCAUUGUCAGAGAGAGGCCAGUGGAUAUCACGAAGCCCCUGGAGGACCAGCGGGCCGCUCCGGGCGACGAUGUGGUGCUGAGCUGUGAGCUGUCUCGGGCCAGCACCCCGGUGCGGUGGCUAAGGGAUGGGAAGUCCAUUCGCAACAGUCAGAAGUACGAGCUGGUCACGGAAGGCACUCGGGCCAUGCUGGUGGUCCAUGCAGUCUCACUCAGGGAUUCGGGCCAAUACUCAUGUGAGACAGAGGCUUCCAAGACUACGGCGACCGUCUGUGUGGAAGAAAAGGCAAACAGAUUCAUGGAGGAGCUCGCUGAUGUGCAGGUGGAAGAGAAGGGCACGGCUGUGUUCAUGUGCAAGACAGAGCAUCCCGCAGCCAUGGUGACCUGGCGCAAGGGUGUCACAGAACUGCAUGCCUCAAGGAAGCACGUGCCCAGCCAGGAGGGCCUGACCUUGAAGCUCACCAUCAAUGCCCUGGAGAAGGCAGACAGUGACACCUACACCUGUGACAUUGGCCAGGCCUCUUCCCAGGCCCGGCUCCUGGUGCAAGGCCAGCGUGUACUCAUUACGGAGGCUCUGGAGGACGUGGAGGUGCGUGAGGGAGCCUCAGCCACCUUCUCCUGCCGCAUCUCCCCUGCCGACUAUGGGCCUGUCCACUGGUUCCUGGACAAGACGCCCCUGCACCCCAACGAGCUCAAUGAGAUCGAGGUUCAGCCAGGUGGCUACCACGUGUUAACCCUGCGGCAGCUUGCCCUCAAGGACUCGGGCACCAUCCACUUUGAGGCAGGGGACCAGCGGGCCUCGGCCACCCUUCGGGUCACAGAAAAGCCCAGCGUCUUCUCCCGGGAGCUCACAGAUACUACGGUCACAGAGGGGGAGGAGCUGACCCUGGUCUGCGAGAUCACCACCCUGGACGGCUCUGUGUGCUGGACCAAGGAUGGGAAGGUCCUGCGGCCAUCAGCCCGGUGCCAGCUGAGCCAGGAGGGCCACCGUGCCCAGCUGAUCAUUACGGGUGCCACCAUGCAGGACGGCGGGCGCUAUAAGUGUGAGGCUGGGGAUUCCUGGAGCAGCUCCAUUGUCAGGGUCCACGCACGGCCAGUGUGCUUCCGGGAAGGGCUACAGGACCUGGAUGUGCUGGAGGGGAGCGCUGCCACACUGCGCUGUGUGUUGUCCACGGUGGCUGCACCCGUGCAGUGGCACCGGGGAGACGAAGUUCUGCGGCCCGGAGGCAAGUACAGCAUGCGGCAGGACGGCCCAGUGCUGGAGCUGGUGGUGCGGGACCUGCGGCCCCAGGACAGUGGGCAGUACUCCUGCUGCUUCGGGGACCAGAUGACCCUGGCCACCCUCAAUGUGAAGGCCCAGCCCACCGAGUUCAUAGGGAGACUGAGGAACAAGGAAGCCACGGAAGGGGCCACGGCCACGCUGCGCUGCGAGCUGAGCAAGGCGGCCCCCGUGGAGUGGAGGAAGGGGCCUGAGGCCCUCAGAGCCGGGGACAGGGUCAGCCUGAGGCAGGACGGGGCCGUGUGCGAGCUGCAGAUCCGGGGCCUGGCCGUGGAGGACUCCGGGGAGUACUCGUGCGUGUGCGGGCAGGAGAGGACGGCGGCCGUGCUCACCGUCAGGGCGCUGCCCGCCAAGUUCACCAAGGGCCUGAGGAAGGAGGAGGCCACGGAAGGGGCCACGGCCACGCUGCGCUGCGAGCUGAGCAAGGCGGCCCCCGUGGAGUGGAGGAAGGGGCCUGAGGCCCUCAGAGCCGGGGACAGGGUCAGCCUGAGGCAGGACGGGGCCGUGUGCGAGCUGCAGAUCCGGGGCCUGGCCGUGGAGGACUCCGGGGAGUACUCGUGCGUGUGCGGGCAGGAGAGGACGGCGGCCGUGCUCACCGUCAGGGAGCUGCCCACCAAGUUCACAAAAAGUCUAAGGAAUGAAGAGGCCUCGGAAGGGGCCACGGCCACGCUGCGCUGCGAGCUGAGCAAGGCGGCCCCCGUGGAGUGGAGGAAGGGGCCUGAGGCCCUCAGAGCCGGGGACAGGGUCAGCCUGAGGCAGGACGGGGCCGUGUGCGAGCUGCAGAUCCGGGGCCUGGCCAUGGAGGACUCCGGGGAGUACUCGUGCGUGUGUGGGCAGGAGAGGACGGCGGCCGUGCUCACCGUCAGGGCUGCCCAGGUGGUGUUCAAGGAGCCUCUCCGGAGCCUGCAGGCCAAGGAGGGUACAUCAGUCACCCUGCGCUGUGAACUGUCCCAGCCCGGUGCCACUGUGGUCUGGAGCAAGGGCGGCCUGGAGCUGCAGGCUGACUCACGCCGGGAGCCUCGGCAGCAGGGCCCCACGGUGGAGCUUGUGCUGCGGGACCUGCACCGGGGGGACUCAGGGGAGUACACCUGUGCCUGUGGCCUGCAGUCCACCAGUGCCACCCUCACCAUUACAGCUGCACCUGUGCAGUUCCUCAGGGAGCUGGAGGCCCAGGAGGUGGACGAAGGUGCCACGGCAUGCCUGCGUUGCGAGCUGAGCCAAGAGUGUGCCAGCGUGGACUGGCGCAAGGGUUCCCUGCAGCUUUUCCCUUGUGCCAAGUACCAGAUGGUGCAGAAGGGAACAACCGUGGAGCUGCUGGUGCGAAGCGCAGAGCAGGAGGACGCCGGCCACUACACCUGUGACACUGGCCACACGCAGAGCACAGCCAGCCUCUCUGUCCGAGCCUGCAGACCCGUGUUCCAGGAGGAGCUGCAGAGCACGGAGCAGGAAGCAGGCGGUGUGGCCUGGCUGCACUGCCAGCUGAGCAAGGCAGAGACUGAUGUCCCAGUGCAGUGGCUCAAGGAGGGUGUGGAGCUGCACCUGAGCCCCAAAUAUGAGAUAAGGCGCGUGGGAACCACGUGUGAGCUGCUCAUCCACGGGCUAGAGCCCAAAGACACUGGCGAGUACGUCUGCGUGGCCGGUGGUCAGAAAACCAUGGCUUCUGUCAUGGUCAAAGAACCAGAGGUGACCAUCGUGCGGGGGCUGGUGGAUGCUGAGGUGCAGGUCGACGGGGAUGUGGAGUUCAGUUGCGAGGUGUCACGGGCCGGCGUCACGAAUGUGGAGUGGCGGCUCCAAGGCCUGCCCCUGCAGAGCAACGAGGUGACGGAGGUGUCCGUGCGAGGUGGCCGCACCCACAUGCUGCAGCUGAAGGGUGUGACACCAGAGGAUGCGGGCACCGUCUCCUUCCAUGUGGGCAUGCACACAUCCUCCGCCCAGCUCACUGUCCGAGUCCCCGAGGUCACCAUUGUGGAGGCCCUACAGGAUGUGCAGCUCAGUGAGGGCCAGGAUGCCCACUUCCGGUGCCAGCUGUCCAGGGCCUCUGGCCAGGAGGCCCACUGGGCCCUGGGAGGGGUGCCCUUGAAAGCCAACGAGAUGAAUGACAUCACAGUAGAGCAUGGCACGCUCCACUUGCUCACCCUGCACAAGGUAACCCUGGAGGAUGCUGGAACCAUCAGUUUCCAAGUGGGCUCGUGUAGCUCGGAGGCCCAGCUAAAGGUCACAGAGGCAGCACCAUGCCUGGUACGUGGCUUGCAGAAUGUGGACGUCUUUGCGGGGGAGGUGGCCACGUUCUCCUGUGAGGUGUCCCGUGCGGGUGGGCCGGAGGCCCGCUGGUGGCUGGAUGGCACCCUGCUGCAGGAUGGCCCCCAGAGUGCCAUCUCCGUGCGUGACGGGACCUUCCACUCCCUCACACUCUCGGGCCUGGGGGUUGCCGACUCCGGCACCAUCACCUACCGCGCAGGGCCCCUGGUCUCCACGGCCAAGUUGUUGGUCAAAGAUCCCACGGUGGAGGUGGUCAGUGCCAUGCAGGACCUGGUGGUGGAGGAGGGCGGCCCGGCCGAGCUCCUCUGCCAGUACUCACGGCCCGUGCAGGCCACGUGGAAGAUGGACGAGCAGGAGGUGCGCGCCGACGGGCGCCGUGUCGUCAUAGAGCAGGACUGGACCGUGGCCAGGUUGUCCUUCCGGCCGGCCUUGCCCUGCGACAGUGGCAUCUAUUCUUGUGAGGCUGCGGGCACCCAUGUGGUGGCCCUGCUGCAAGUGCAAGCCAAGAACACCGUGGUGCGCGGUUUGGAGAACGUGGACACACUGGAAGGUGGCGAGGCACUGUUCGAGUGCCAGCUGUCCCGCCCUGAGGUGGCCGCCCACACCUGGCUGCUGGACGAUGAGCCUGUGCACACCUCAGAAAACGCGGAGGUGGUCUACUUCGAGAACGGUCUUCGGCAUCUGCUUCUGCUCAAAAACCUGCGGCCGCAGGACAGUUGCCGGGUGACCUUCCUGGCGGGGGAUGUGGUGACUUCCGCAUUCCUCACAGUCAGAGGCUGGCGCCUGGACGUCCUGGAGUCGCCACAGGACGCGUCGGUGCGAGUUGGUGGGCCGGCCCGCUUUACCUGCACGCUGAGCGAGGCGGUGCCGGUGGGCGAGGCCACCUGGUACAUCAAUGGGGCCGCGGUGCAGCCGGACGACCCUGACUGGACGGUCACUGCAGAUGGCAGCCACCACGCCUUGCUGCUGCGCGGUGCCCAGCCACACCACGCUGGCGAGGUCACCUUCGCCGCCCACGACGCCGUGGCCUCCGCGCGGCUCACCGUGCUGAGCCUCCCGGACCCCCCAGAGGACGCUGAGGUGGUGGCGCAAAGUGGCCGCUCUGUGACGCUGUCAUGGGUGGCGCCAGCAAGCGAUGGUGGCGGUGGGCUGUGCGGCUAUCGGGUGGAGAUGAAGGCGGCCACCACGGGCGAGUGGCAGCUGUGCCACGAGCUGGUGCCCGGGCCUGAGUGCAUCGUGGACGGCCUGGCCCCCGGGGAGUCCUACCGCUUCCGCGUGGCAGCGGUGGGCCCAGUGGGGGCUGGGGAGCCAGUGCACCUGCCCCAGACAGUGAGGCUAGAGCCCCCCGCUCCAGCACCCCCAGCUCCAGAGACCCGGGCUCCGGCACCCCCCACCCUAGUGCCCCCAGCUCCAGAGACCCGGGCUCCUGCGCACCCAGUUCCUGCGCCCCUGGCUCCCAUGCUCCCUGCUCCAGAGACCCGGCAGGUGGGUGCCGGCGAGGACCUGUGUCUGGAGUGCGAGGUGGCCGAGGCAGGUGAGGUUGUCUGGCUGAAGGGGACGGAGCUCAUCCAACCUGGCGGGCGCGUCCAGGUUCUCUGCCGGGGUCAGCAACAUACGCUGGUCAUCCGGGGCUUCUCGGCGGAGGACCAGGGGGAGUACUGCUGCAGCCCUGCCUGGGACCCCACCUCUUCUGCAGCCACUGCCUCCUUCCAGGUGGAGCUGACCCCAGGAUCCAGGGAUGAGGCCCCUGUGCAGCCCAGCCUGCCCCCUGAGGCGGCCCAAGAGGGUGACCUGCACCUGCUGUGGGAAGCCCUGGCACGGAAGCGCCGCAUGAGCCGUGAGCCCACGCUGGACUCCAUCAGUGAGCUGCCCGAGGAGGACGGGCGUGUGCAGCGCCUGCGGCAGGAGGCAGAGGAAGCGGCCCCUGACCUGUCCGAGGACUACUCCACGGCAGACGAGCUGGCACGCACUGGGGAGGCUGACCUCUCGCACACCAGCUCUGAUGACGAGUCCCGGGCAGGCACUCCUUCCCUGGUUACCUACCUCAAGAAGGCUGGAAGGCCCAGCACCUCACCCCCAGCCAGCAAGGUCGGGGUUCCCACAGUCCCAUCUGGGAGGCCACAGAAGCAUCAGGAGCAGCCAGCUGCAGCUCGCUCUGCACCAGCAGACCUGAGGGCUGAGGACCUGAGUGACCCGUCCAUGGACAAAGCAGCCGUGAAGAUCCAGGCUGCCUUUAAGGGCUACAAGGUCCGCAAGGAGAUGAAGCAGCAGGAGGGACCUGCGUUCUCCCGCACGUUCAGGGACACUGAGGUCCAGGUGGGGGAUGUCCUGCGUCUGGAGUGUGUGGUGUCCAGCAAGGCGGACGUGCGUGCCUGCUGGCUGAAGGAUGGUGUGGAGCUGACUGACGGCCGGCACCACCACAUCGACCAGCUUGGGGACGGCACCUGUUCUCUGCUGGUCACGGGCCUGGGCCGUGCUGAUGCCGGCCGCUACACCUGCCAGGUGAGCAGCAAGUUCGGCCAUGUGGCCCACAGCGCGUGUGUGGUGGUCAGCGGGACAGAGAGUGAGGCGGAGAGCUCCUCGGGGGGUGAGCUGGAUGACGCCUUCCGCCGGGCAGCCCGGCGGUUGCACCGCCUCUUCCGCACGAAGAGCCCCACCGAGGUUUCAGAUGAAGAGAUCUUCGUCAGUGCAGAUGAGGGCCCCGCGGAGCCCCAGGAGCCCCAGGAGCCCGGGGACUGGCAGACCUACCAUGAAGAUGAGCGCUUCGUCUACAUCCGCUUCGAGUCACUCGCUGAGUCCCAGCGCGCUGCCGCGUGCUUCCGGGAGAUGUUUGGCACCAUGGGCAUCGGGGUGGACAUCAGCUUGUCGGAGCAGGGGCCCCGGGGGGUGGAGAUGCGCAUCAGCAAAGUGGCCCCGGCCCCUGCGGCACCCCAGGAGAGGGCGCUCCCCGCGCUCCCCGCGCUGACCUCCGAGGCUGCCCCGGUGUUCCUGACUGAGCUGCAGAAUCAAGAAGUGCUGGAUGGGUAUCCCGUGAGCUUCGACUGUGUGGUGGCAGGCCAGCCUGUGCCCACCGUGUGCUGGUUCAAGGACGGCAGGAUGCUGGAGGAGGAUGACCACUACAUGAUCAGUGAGGACCAGCAGGGCGGCCACCAGCUCAUCAUUACGGCCGUGGUGCCCGCAGACAUGGGCGUCUACCGCUGCAUGGCUGAGAACAGUGUGGGUGUGUCCUCUACCAAGGCGGAGCUCCGUGUAGACCUGACCAGCACAGACUAUGAAACUGCGGCAGAUGCCACAGAGACCUCCUCCUACUUCAGCGCCCAGGGCUACCUGUCCAGCCGGGAGCAAGAGGGUACGGAAUCUACCUCGGAGGAGGGGCAGCUGCCCCAGGUGGUGGAGGAGCUGAAAGAUCUCCAGGUGGCCCCCGGCACACGCCUGGCCAAGUUCCAGGUCAAAGUGAAAGGCUACCCGGCACCCCGACUGUACUGGUUCAAAGAUGGGCAGCCCCUGACGGCUUCUGAGCACAUCCACAUGGCUGACCGGAAGACGCUGCACACCCUGGAGGUCGUGUCGGUCACCUGCGAGGAUGAUGGCCAGUACUCGGCCUACAUCAGCAACGCUGUGGGCGCUGCCUACUCGUCCGCUCGGCUGAUUGUCCGGGGCCCCAAAGAUCCUGAAGAGAAGCCCGCGUCGGAUGUGCAGCAGCAGCUGGUACCACCCCGGUUCCUGGAAAGAUUCACCUCCAAAAAAGUGAAGAAAGGCUCCAGCAUCACCUUCUCAGUGAAGGUGGAAGGAUUCCCGGCCCCAGCUGUGCACUGGCUUCGGGAGGAGGCUGAGCGCGGUGUGCUGUGGAUUGGCCGCGACACGCCAGGCUACACAGUGGCCAGCUCUGCCCAGCAGCACAGCCUGGUCCUGCUGGACGUGGGCAGGCCGCACCAGGGCACCUACACUUGCAUCGCUACCAAUGCUGCCGGCCAGGCCCUCUGCUCUGCCAGCCUGCACGUCUCUGGCUUGCCUAAGGAGACCAGGGUGGCGGAGGAGCAUGCUGGGGUGAAGGAGGCUCUCAUCUCUACUUUCCUACAAGGGACCCAAGCCAUUUCCACACAGAUGUCAGAACCUGUGGGAUUCGCUGACCUUGCUGGGCAGAGGAAAGAGCCCACAGCAGUGGAGGCCCGUGGCCACUUGUCCCUGGCUGAGGUGGGCACAGAGGAGUUCCUGCAGAAGCUCACAUCCCAGAUCACCGAGAUUGUGUCGGCCAAGAUCACACAUGCCAAGCUGCAGGUGCCGGGAGGUGACAGCGAUGAGGAAUCCAAGACGCCUUCCGCAUCCCCCUGGCAUGGCCGUUCCCGCCCCUCCUCCAGUGUCCAGGAGUCGUCCUCAGAGUCAGAGGAUGGAGACUCACGAGGCGAGAUCUUUGAUAUCUACGUGGUCACGGCUGACUACUUGCCCCUGGGGGCAGAGCAGGAUGCCCUCUCACUGCGGGAGGGCCAGUACGUGGAGGUGCUAGACUCGGCCCACCCCCUGCGCUGGCUCGUGCGCACCAAACCCACCAAAUCCAGCCCCUCUCGGCAAGGCUGGGUGUCCCCUGCUUACCUGGACAGGCGGCUUAAGCUGUCACCCGAGUGGGGGCCCACCGAGGCCCCCGAGUUCCCGGGGGAGGCCGUGUCUGAGGAUGAAUACAAGACAAGGCUGAGCUCCAUCAUCCAGGACCUGCUGAGCUCUGAGCAGACCUUUGUGGGUAAGCUGCAGUUCCUGCAGAGCCACCACGUGCAGCACCUGGACCGCUGCCCUCACGUGCCCACGGCUGUGGCCAGCCAGAAGGCGGUCAUCUUCCGCAACGUGCAGGACAUCUGCCGCUUCCACAGCAGCUUCCAGCGGGAGCUGCAGAGCUGUGACACGGAUGACGAUGUGGCCAUGUGCUUCAUCAAGAAUCAGGCGGCCUUCGAGCAGUACCUGGCAUUCCUGGUGGGCCGAGUACAGGCUGAGUCAGCAGUGGUCAGCCCGGCUGUGCAGGAGUUCUACAAGAAAUACACAGAAGAGGUGCUGUCGGCCGCAGACCCCUCGCAGCCGCCCCCACCACCCCUGCAGCACUUUCUGGAACAGCCCGUGGAGCGGGUCCAGCAGUACCAGGCCCUGCUCAAGGAGCUGAUCCGCAACAAGGCAAGGAACGCGCAGAACUGUGCGCUGCUGGAGCAGGCGUACGCUGUGGUGUCGGCCCUGCCGCAGCGCGCUGAAAACCAGCUGCACCUGUCACUCAUGGAGAACUACCCGGGCACCCUGGAGGCACUGGGCGAGCCCAUCCGUCAGGGCCACUUCAUCGUGUGGGAGGGGGCACCGGGCGCACGGAUGCCCUGGAAGGGCCACCACCGGCACGUCUUCCUGUUCCGCCACCACCUGCUGGUCUGUAAGCCCCGCAGGGAUUCCCGCACCGACACUUUCAGCUACGUCUUCCGGAACAUGAUGAAGCUGAGCAGCAUCGACCUCAACGACCAGGUGGAGGGUGAUGACCGUGCCUUUGAGGUGUGGCACGAGCGGGAGGACUCCGUGCGGAAGUACGUGCUGCAGGCGCGGACAGUCAUCACCAAGAGCUCCUGGGUGAAGGAGAUCUGCGGCCUACAGCAGCGCCUGGCCCUGCCUGUGUGGCACCCACCAGAUUUCGAGGAGGAGCUGGCGGACUGCACAGCUGAGCUGGGUGAGACGGUGAAGCUGGCCUGCCGCGUGACGGGCACCCCAAAGCCCAUCGUCAGCUGGUACAAAGAUGGAAAGCCAGUGGAGGUGGAUCCACACCACAUCCUCAUUGAAGACCCUGAUGGCUCAUGUGCCCUCAUUCUGGACAACCUGACUGGAGUGGACUCUGGCCAGUACAUGUGCUUUGCGGCCAGUGCUUCUGGCAAUGCCAGCACACUGGGCAAAAUCCUGGUGCAAGUACCCCCACGGUUUGUGAAAAAGGUCCGGGCAGUGCCUUUUGUGGAGGGAGAGGACGCUCAGGUCACCUGCACCAUCGAAGGUGCCCCACACCCGCAGAUCAGGUGGUACAAGGACGGGGCUCUGCUGACGCCUAGCAGCAAAUACCGAACCCUGAGCGAGCCCCGCAGCGGUCUGCUGGUGCUGGAGAUCCUGGCGGCCAGCAAGGAGGACCUGGGCCAUUAUGAGUGUGAGUUGGUGAACCAGCUGGGCUCUGUGAGGGGCGGGGCAGAGCUGUGCGUGCAGAGCCCUGUUGUUCGGGCCCGGGAACAGCUUCACAGGGAGCAGCUUGCAGCCGUGGAAGACGCUGCUGUCUCUCCUCCUGCCCUGGAGCCAGCAGACCAGGAGAUCACGUCUGUCCCAAGGAUGCUGGUGUGCCCCGAGGCUCCAGGACCCUCCACAGGGGACCAUGCCAGCCCUGGCCCUAGAGGGCCACCCAAAGCCCAGGAGUCUGGCCCCCAACUCUUAGGCAUGGAGGCUGCAGAUUCAUCUGUUGAGCCGCAGAAGAUUCCACAGCCUCUCCCCAAGGAGGACCAGGAGCGGGACUUGGGGGACCAUGCUGAGGGCCAGGAAUGCACUGUGCCCAUCCGGAUGGAGGGUGCAGCCUGGCUGGGGGCAGGUGCAGGGGAGCUAUGGGACAUCCACAGCCACGUGUUCAUGGAGACCACACAUCGGACAUACGUGUACCAGGCCAGCGACACGGGUGCCACAAGAUCCCCGUCCAUGCAGGUCACCAUCGAGGAUGUGCAGGCACAGAAGGGCAGCACAGCCCAGUUCCAGGCAGUCAUUGAUGGCAACCCGCAGCCCACAGUAACCUGGUACCGGGACAACUCCCAGCUGGUGGAUGGCACCCGGCUCAGCCAGCAGCGGGAAGGCACCACCUACUCCCUGGUGCUGAGGGACGUGACACACAGUGAUGCGGGUGUCUACACGUGCCUGGCCCGCAACGCGGGUGGACAGGUGCUGUGUAAAGCGGAGCUGGUGGUCCAUGGGGGAGACAGCGAACCCGACUCUGAGAAGCAGAGCUACCGAAGGAAACUGCACUCUUUCUACGAGGUCAAGGAGGAAAUUGGAAGGGGCGUGUUCGGCUUCGUGAAGAGAGCGCAGCACAAGGGAAGCCAGAUGUCCUGCGCAGCCAAGUUCAUCCCGCUGCGGAGCAGGACACGCACCCAGGCCUACCGCGAGCGGGACAUCCUGGCCACGCUGAGCCACCCGCUGGUAACAGGGCUGCUGGACCAGUUUGAGACCCGGAAGACCCUGAUCCUUGUCUUGGAGCUGUGCUCGUCGGAGGAGCUGCUGGACCGUCUGUUCAAGAAGAGUGUGGUGACCGAGGCGGAGGUCAAGGUCUAUGUCCAGCAGCUGGUGGAGGGGCUACAGUACCUGCACAGCCACAGCGUUCUGCACCUGGACAUAAAGCCCCCCAAUAUCCUGAUGGUACAUCCUGCUCGGGAAGACAUUAAAAUCUGCGAUUUUGGCUUUGCCCAAAACAUCACCCCAGGAGAGCCACAGUACAGCAAGUAUGGCUCCCCAGAAUUUGUGUCUCCCGAGAUCAUCGAGCAGACCCCAGUGAGCGAGGCCUCCGACAUCUGGUCCAUGGGCGUCAUCUCCUACCUCAGCCUGACCUGCUCAUCACCAUUCGCUGGUGAGAGUGACCGAGCCACACUCCUGAACGUGCUGGAGGGGCGGGUGUCCUGGAACAGCCCCAUGACUGCCCACCUCAGCAAGCAUGCCCAGGACUUCAUCAAGGCUACCCUGCAAAGGGCCCCAAAGGCCCGGCCCAGCGCAGCCAAAUGCCUCACACACCCCUGGUUCCAGACUUCCGUGCCCGCGGAGGAGGCCCACUUCAUCAACACCAAGCAACUCAAGUUUCUGCUGGCCCGCAGCCGCUGGCAGCGCUCCCUGAUGAGCUACAAGUCCAUCCUGGUGAUGCGCUCCAUCCCCGAGCUGCUCCGGGGCCCGCCCGACAGCCCGUCCCUCGGGGUGGCGCGGCACCUGCGCGGUGGCGCCAGCGCCUCCUCCAGCAGCUCGUCCUCCUCCUCCGACAACGAGCUGGCCCCUUUCGCCCGGGCCAAGUCGCUGCCGCCGUCUCCGGUGACCCACUCGCCGCUGCUGCACCCGCGGGGCUUCCUGCGGCCGUCGGCCAGCCUGCCCGAGGAGGCCGAGGCCCGCGCGCCGCCUGCCGCCGCGCCCCCGCCCGCGGCGCCCCCCGCCGCCCCGGGCUGCGUGCCGCGGCAGAGCGUCGUCCGCAGCCUCUUCUACCAGCAGGCGGCCGAGGGCCCGGAGCGCGGAGGGCCCGCGGGUGGCAGGAGGCCCCCGGCGCGGCGGCGGCACCUGCUCCAGGGCGGCUACUUCGCCCGCGCCCUGCCUGGCCUGCGGGAGCCACUGCUGGAGCACCGCGCGCUGGAGGAGGCGGCGGCCCGCGACGAGCAGGCCGCCCUGCUGGCCAAGGCGCCCGCCUCCGAGAGCGCCCGCGGGGCCCCGGGCCACAGCCCAUCCCUGGAGCUCGGGGGCGCGCGCAGCCGCAGCCCCUCGGCCGAGGCCUGCGGCGGCGGCCAGGGCGCUACCCCGGCUCCCUCAGACGCCCCGAUGGACUCCGGGCAGAGCUGGCGGCGAGGCGCCACAGUUGCCCGGGAGAGGGAGCUGCCAGAGGGACCCCAGCAGGGGCCAAGACUGUUUCAGUCCAUCACCGGGGCCCUGGGGUCCACCCAGCAAGAGGGGUCAUCUCAGGACAGCUGUGGGAGGCAGUGGGGUCCUACUGCCCUGGAAGGCGGGGUCCCCCCUCCGGCCAUUAUACCACAGGCUCCGGGCUCUUUCCCUACAAAACAGUGCCCGGGGUCCCUCUCAGCUCCCUCCAGCUCCCUCCUCUCCCCGGAGCCAAAGGGGUUCCUGUCCCUAGCCCAAGAGGGUCCCCAGCCAGGCGGUAAGACAGAACUGCAGGACAGCCCUCUCCCUGGGAGGCGGGGCCCCCCUAGCGCCCCAGGGCUGGCCUCCCCAGUGGGAACGGAGCCUGGGCCCACCCAGGAUAGGGAGGGCCUGGCUGCAGAGCCUGAGGAGGCUCUUGAGUGGGAACCCAGCCUGCAGCGGCCUCAGGAGCAGGCUACAACACGGAAGUUCUCCCUGGGGGCAUGGCGUGGAGGCUACGCAGGCGUGGCUGGCUAUGGCACCUUUGCCUUCGGUGGGGAUGCAGGGGGCAUGCUGGGGCAGGGUCCCCUGUGGGCCAGGAUGGCCUGGGCCACUUCUCAGUCCUCAGAGGAGCGUGAUGAAGUAGGGGCCCAGAGCCCGCCACCCCAGGCCAGCAAAGCGCCCCUUCCCAAGGGCAGUGGGGCACCCCCACUGGCCUCCCCGGAGCUGAGUGCGUGGGAAGGCUUUGGUGGUGGCUCUCAGGUGUCCCUGGUGCAGAUCCGAGACCUGUCUGGGGACUCCGAGACAGCAGACACCAUAUCCCUGGACAUCUCAGAGGUGGAGCCUGCCUACCUCAACCUGUCUGACCUGUAUGACAUCAAGUACCUCCCUUUUGAGUUCAUGAUCUUCAGGAGGGUCCCCAAGCCUGUGGAGCCAGAGCCACCAUCCUCCCCUGAGUCUGAGGCCGGGGAGGAGUUGGCCACGCUCCCGGAGGCCGGGUGGCCCUGGCCAGGUGCCCUGGGCACACCAGCCAGCUUGCACAUCACUGAGGAGCCAGAGGACAUGGAGACCCUGCUCAGAGAGGCCACGGGCAGCAGGAAGCGCAAAUGGUCGCCCCCCGCCCGUGACCUCUUCCAUCUCCCAGGAAGGCAUGUGCUGCCAGAGGAGCAGGAGCCCAUGGAGCUGGGCCUUCGCCGGAGGGUGAGGGCGUCUGUGGCCCACAUCUCCCGCCUCCUGAAGGGCAGGCCUGAAGGCCCAGAGAAAGAGAGCCCCCCAAGGAAGAAGGCAGGCCUGGCUUCCUUCCGGCUGGGCCUGAAGAGCAGGGACCAAGCGCCAUCCUUUCUACGGGAGCUCUCAGACGAAACAGUGGUCCUGGGCCAGUCCGUGACUCUUGCUUGCCAAGUGUCGGCCCAGCCUGCUGCACAGGCCACCUGGACCAAAGACGGGGCUCUCCUGCAGAGCAGCAGCCACCUCCUCAUCUCUGCCACGCUCAAGCACUUCCAGCUGCUCACCAUUCUGGUGGUGACUGCUGAGGACCUGGGGGUGUAUACGUGCCGUGUGAGCAACACACUGGGGACGGCAGCCACCACGGCUGUCCUCCGGAAGGCAGAGCGCCCCUCAUCUUCUCCACGCCCGGACAUUGGGGAGGUGUAUGCUGAUGCGGUGCUGCUGGUCUGGAAGCCCGUGGAGUCCUACGGACCUGUGACCUACAUCGUGCAGUGCAGUCUGGAAGGCGGCAGCUGGAGCACCCUGGCUUCCGACAUCUUUGACUGCUGCUACCUCACCAGCAAGCUUUCCCCGGGGGGCCUGUAUACUUUCCGGACGGCCUGCGUCAGCAAGGCGGGCAUGGGACCCUACAGCAGCCCCUCAGAGCAGGUCCUCCUGGGAGGGCCCAGCCACCUGGCCUCGGAGGAAGAGAGCAGCAUCCCGCGGCCCACGCAGCCCCUCCCCAGCACGCAGACCUUCACCUUCCAGACACAGAUCCGAAGGGGCCGCUUCAGCGUCGUGCGGCAGUGCCAGGAGAAGGCCAGCGGGCGCGCACUGGCCGCCAAGAUCAUCCCCUACCGCCUCGAGGACAGGCCUGACGUGCUGCGGGAAUACGAAGCCCUCAAGAGCCUGCGCCACCCGCACCUGGCCCAGCUACAGGCCGCCUACCUCAGCCCCCGGCACCUGGUUCUUAUCUUGGAGUUGUGCUUGGGACCGGAGCUGCUCCCCUGCCUGGCGGAGAGGGUCUCCUACUCAGAAUCAGAGGUGAAGGACUACCUGUGGCAGAUGUUGAGUGCGGCCCAGUACCUGCACGCGCAGCGCAUCCUGCACCUGGACCUCAGGUCGGAGAACAUGAUCGUCACCGAGUACAACUUACUCAAGGUCGUGGACCUGGGCAAUGCUCAGAGUCUCACCCAGGAGAGGAUCCUGCCCUCCGAGGGCUUCAAGGACUACGUGGAGACCAUGGCUCCUGAGCUCCUGGAGGGCCAGAGUGCUCUCCCGCAGACCGACAUCUGGGCCAUAGGCGUCACAGCCUUCAUCAUGCUGAGUGCCGAGUACCCUGUGAACAGUGAAGGGACACGCGACCUGCAGAAAAGCCUGCGCAAGGGGCUGAUCCAUCUGAGCCGCUGCUACGCAGGGCUGUCUGGCGGCGCUGUGGCUUUUCUCCGGAGCACAUUGUGUGCUCACCCGUGGGGCCGGCCUUGUGCAUCAAGCUGCUUGCAGUGCCCGUGGCUAACUGAGGAGGGCCCUGCCGGCUCCCAGCCAGCUGCUGUGACCUUCCCCACAGUGCGCCUGCGUGCUUUCCUGCGUGAGCGAGAGAAGAGGCGGGCACUGCUGUAUAAGAAGCACAAUCUGGCGCAGGUGCACUGAGCACUGGGCCAGGUGGAAUUGGGGGGGGCGAGGAGAUCACCCUGCUGGGCUUCACCCCCUAGUCUUGCUUCUAGAACUUGCUGUAUAUGCACAGCAUGCCAAUAAAAAGCAGAACCAGA